AUGAGUUUUAAAAAUAAAGUUGUGCUAAUAACUGGUGCUAGUUCCGGUAUAGGAGCAGCGACCGCCGUUACAUUCGCUAAGGAUGGCGCCAAUGUUGUGCUCGUUGGAAGAAAUGAACAGAAGCUACAGAAGGUUAAAGAAGAAUGUUCUAAAACAGGAAAUGUACCCUUAGUAGUAAAAGCUGAUGUAUGUAACGAUAACGAUGCAAAUAUAAUCAUUAGUGAAACCAUUGAAAAAUUUGGAAAAAUAAACGUCCUAGUUAAUAACACCGGAAAAAUUGGAUUUGAUAGCAUUCUAAGCGACCACAUAAUGUUACAGUUUGAUUCAAUUAUGAAAACAAAUCUGCGAGCUGCGGUAUACAUGACUCAUUUGGCUGCUCCUCAUUUAAUUAAAACUAAAGGAAAUAUCAUCAAUAUAUCAAGUGUAGCUGGGAAGAGGACAUCGAAGCUACGUCCAAUGGUGAGUUAUGCCUCUUCAAAAGCGGCUUUGGAUCAUUUCACACGCAACGUAGCAGCAGAACUGGCUUCAUAUGGUGUUAGAGUUAAUUUAAUUAGUCCAGGACCUGUCAAAACUGACAUUUUAGUAAACGCUGGCAUCGAUAGCUCUAUAGAUGAUAUAGGAAAAGUUAUGCCACUGGGGAGAAUAUCUGACUCACAAGAAAUUGCAGAUCUCGUUCUGUUUUUAGCGAGUGAUAAAGCUAAAGCAAUAACUGGUUCUGACUACAUAACUGACAAUGGAGCCAUGUUGCUGUAA